GCUUUGAUUCUUCGAGUUUCCUGCCUCCUCCGCUCUUUUUCCUGCACGUGAGUCCCCGAGGAGGGAGACAAAAUCACAAUGGAUCGAGAUGCUUUCACUCUCGGUAACUCUUACCUUCUUUCUAUGCAGUUCUCCGCCAUGGGAAUCGCGUCCACACCGAGCUCUGUUAUUGGAAAUUGAGGCGGAGAUGACGACACGGUGACACCGGGCCGGUUAUCGGUGCUUGAAAGCAACAACUCAGAGAGAGGGAAAAAACUAAAAAAAACCCUCCGAGUACGCUCAAAAACCCUCCAUUUCUUCUGAUCUCGGCUUCUCUGAUGAGUCUUUACCUCUGUUGUUGAAUACUCGCGGAGGCAGGGAAAAGGAAAGAGGAGACAUUGAGAAGACCGGCUUGCAAGUGAGAGAGAGAGAGAGAGAUAGAGAAAGAAAAAGAUAGAGUGAGUGUAUUAAGAGGCGCUGGUGGGAUAAUGCAGCAGCAUCUGAUGCAGAUGCAGCCCAUGAUGGCAGCUUACGCUUCUCCGAACCAGGUCACCACCGAUAUCAUUCAGCAGUAUUUGGAUGAAAACAAGCAGUUAAUUCUGGCAAUUCUUGACAACCAAAAUUCUGGAAAAACAGAUGAAUGUGCUGAAAACCAGGCUAAACUUCAGCGCAAUCUAAUGUACCUGGCUGCCAUUGCUGAUAGCCAACCCCAAAUGACCACCAUGGCCCAGUAUCCUUCCAAUGCGGUCAUGCAAUCAGACGCGCGAUACAUGCAACAUCAGCAAGCUCCUCAAAUGACUCCACAAUCUCUCUUAGCCGCCCGGUCCUCAAUGCUAUACCCUCAGUCGCCAAUGUCUGCAUUGCAGCAACAGCAGCAGCUUGCACUCCACAGCCAGCUGAGCAUGAGCUCUGGCACGUCCGCAGGCUUCAAUGUGUUUCACGGCGACACCAAUAUGGGCGGCAACGGGACGCUCGGAUCUGGAGUGUUCCCCGACUUUGGGCGUAGCGGCGGUGGAGCUUUGAAGCAGGGAAUGGCAAGCGAAGGACGAACGGGCAACUCAGGAGGGCAGAAUGGUGAUGGAACUGAACCUUUGUACCUGAAAGGUUCAGAAGCAGAAGGUAACUGAUAUCUUUUGGGUUGAAAUUGGUUGUUGUAAUAUGAAUAGCUCUGUAGCAGGUGGUUUCCCAAACCUGGUAGCUGGUAAUCUGAUUUGGGUGGUUCGGGUUUUGUGACUCAUUUUGUGGAACUAUGAUGAACUGUUGGACUUGUGAGUCAAGUAGGUUGGGAAGAAUGCUUUUUUUUUUUUCUUGUUCUGUUAAUGUGUUGCUCACCAGUCAUAUCCUCUCAUCUGCUAUGCCUUGAAUGUUUAAUUGCUAAUUUAGUUAGAUGCUGUUCUUUCU